UCGGUCAUGAUCUCUUUUCUGAGAUUGAAAAAAUAAUGUCAAAAUACUUAACACCUCAUAUUCUGUCUAUUGAACGCAUGGAAAUGGCACAAUGCCUUUACUUUAAUGCAAGUAAAAUGGAGUUGGAUGUUGUCUAUAAUGAUAAUGAG